GCGAAACAAAACAUAGGAUUCUCUAUAUGUUUCAAGGCCUGGGCCGAAUGGGAUAUGAUAUCAAGCUUAUUUUGCAUCGAAGCAGGCCCUGUACCGUGAAUGAAAAGCUCUUUUAAGAUACAGUAGGAGAAGAGAUUUCAGAGAGAGAUGCAGAACGCAGUUGUGUUGCCCUCACCUGCGAGGCUUGGCCUCUCAACAUCAACUCCUCUCCCUCUAAACCAGAACCCAAGCCCUCAAAUCUCAAUCCCAGUACCCAACCUACCUUCAACUUCAACUUCCUCUUCACUUCCUGCUCCUCCUCUUCUUCAUCAUCAGACCCCUUCCACUCUCCUCUCUCUCUUACCUCCUCAUCCCCGUGCCCAAUUUCUCGUCCUCCAUCUCUCUGCCCUCACAACUAAGCUCUUCGACGUCUCAGGCAACAGAUCAUCAUGGCUGGCAUCUUACAGAGGAACUCUUCCCACCUUCCUCCCUGCCUCAACCCUCCCUCAAGAAGCAUCCUCUGCUUCAACAACAAAGGAGAUCCUUUCGCUUAUCUCCUCUACCCAAUCACAACUCUCUGAAGCCAUUAUAGAAUUACAAGAAGCUCUCGACCUUGAAGAAGCAAAACGCAAGCUAGCAAGAGAAACCCACCUCAAGGAUUCAGCAAUGCUCGCUUUUGCCAAAAAGGUAAAGCAAUCAGAGCAACUUCUCGGAUGUUUGGUUGAAGAUUAUGAAGAUUACAGGAAACCCAAGAAGCGAUUCAAGCCCAAUUCUCAAUCCGAAGAUAGUUGUGAUUCUUAUUUGAAGCUCUCUGAUAUUUUAUCAUAUGCUCAUCGAAUUAGUUAUACCACUUUCGCCCCACCUGAAUUUGGUUCGGUACAAGCCCCUCCCCUUAGAGGAGCUCUUCCUCCAGCUCCUCAAGAGGAACAAAUAAGAGCCUCUCAAUUGUAUCAAUUUGCUGAUCUUGAUGUUGGGUUACCCCAAAAGGAAGAAACAAUAAAACCCACACUAUCUGGUAUUGAUUUGGUUGAACCCAUGGUUGAUGUGAAGGCAAUCCAAGGCUUGAUAGUUCCACCUCCGAUGCCUUCUGGUUGGAAACCUGGUAUGCCUAUUGAGAUUGGUGAUGUACCCAUUGUUCCACCUGGUUGGAAGCCUGGUGACCCUGUUCCUUUGCCCCCUGUUGUGGAGGUACCAGCUGGCUGGAAACCAGGAGAUGCAGUUGUUCUUCCUAAGCAUGCUGAGGAAACUGUUCCAAUGGUUCAGAAGCCGUUAGUUAACAAUGCGCCAGAACCUAUCCAAGUCAAGUUUGUGCAGCUUGAUAUCAAUCCGGAUCAGGAUGAUUAUAGUAGCGAGUAUAGUAGUGAUGUGGGUAGCUCUGAGGAGGAUGAUGAAGAAUGAGAAUUGAGUGUGAUGAUUUCUGUGGUUUUCUCUGAUGUGGUUGUUAGAGAGUGGGAUUGUGAUGGAGAAUUGGGUUUUGGAUUUGGGAUAGGAACCAUAUAUGGGAAUUGGCGCAUAUUUACGUAGUUGUGUUUGGAUGGUAGUUGUGGACUAUACUUUUCUAGUGGAGCAGAUAUGUGCAAGUUAUGAGGUGGGAAAUAUUUUCUUAUGUUGGAUCAGGAAACAAUGUAAGUGAAAAUCAGCUAAUUUUGUUUAUUACAAGAGUCUUUGUUUCCCAAUUUGAUUUUAGUACGUGACAAUUUUUUUGAAGUUUGUAAGAAAUCUGGUUCAUUAAUAAUAGUACACAUUUCAAA